AUGGCCACUGGAUAUAUUUUUAUAUCUGUAUUUCUGCUGUUGGCUGAUGGCUUCAUUGUGCGUGGUCCUGCUGGUCCUUUAGAUGCUCCUCUGGGAUCUUCAGUGGUUUUGCCCUGCUAUGUUAAUGAACUCUUACUAAUGGAGGGUCUGGAGGUGGAAUGGAGAAGAACAGAUUCAGGGAUUAUGGUUCAUCUGUUUCUGGAUGGUGAGAGUCGACCAGAGGCUCAGCAGCAGGAUUAUCAUGAUAGAGCUCAUUUCUUUACUGAUCAGAUUCAACAUGGAAACUUCUCCCUCCGUCUGGACAAUCUGAGAGCUGAAGAUGAAGGACAAUACACAUGUAGAGUUUAUAGUCAGCAGGAUUCUGGUGAGACUGUGGUUCAAAUAAAAUAUCCUGUGCGUUUGGUAGUAUCAGGCUCAGAUGAGUCCAUAUCUGCAUAUGUAGGUGAGGACAUCACUCUGAACAGCUUUGUAGACUCUCACAUCACACCUGAACACAUUGAAGAGGUUUCAUGGAGGAAAACAGAUGAACAUAAAGAUGUUCUGGUUCUGCUCUACCAAAACAAUGAGACUUUAUCAGAUUCAUCAGAUGAGCGAUACAAAGACAGAGUUGAGUUCUUCACUGCUGAAAUCUUCAAAGGAAACUUCUCUCUCAGACUGAAGAGUGUCAGAACUGAGGAUAAAGGAGUUUACAUGUGUCAAGUGUUUGCUGGAGGACUUUCAGCCAAUGCAACCGUACUACUGGAGAGACUGGUUUUCUCUUCUUUGCACGUAAUGGUAUUGGUUUUUUGUAUUGCUGCUGCAUUUGGAGCUGUUCUUCUGCUGUGCUGUCUGACCUACUGCAGAAAAAAACACACAGUCACCAGUGGAACCAUCAGAAAUCUUGAGCUUUCUCUGGUCUUUUGUCCAAACAUCUGUAUGUUCUUUGCCUUCAUCUUCUGGGGUCUUACUGAAGUCUUGUUGUAA